AUGAUCCGAGAACCAUCAGCCUUUGAUGUAUCAUCACAUUCCGAAGCAUUAAAAUCAUCAGGAUCAUCAACUCCUUCAUCUCCUUCACCUUCUUCCACCUUCUCUGAUAUUAAAAAAUCUAUUCGUUAUUCUAUUGUGGAAAAAUUUGGAUAUCAUGAAUGCGCAUUGAAAAAGAAGGAAUUUCUCAUGAUUAUGAAUACCUACACAAGUACACUCAAAUCAAUUAUUGAAGAUACAGGAGAUGAGGAGAAACAAAAAGCAUUUCUAAUGGGAACAACACUUUUUAUUCAAAGUGUACUGUCAAAUUUCAAUAAUUAUAGAUUCUUUAUUGGACCAUCCAAUCAAAUGAAUAAGGGAAUGGUCAUUGUACAAAAUUGUGCCAAUGAUUUACUGACACCAGAAUUCUACUACUUUGUUGAUGGCUUGAAAGAAGAAGUGUUCCACACCAAACCACAUCAAACAAACACCACAACAACCAACACAAUUAGCCAUAGUACUGUAUCCUCUCAGAAUCCAAACAAUCCUCAUCCCUAUGCAACUCCAUCCCCAACAGAUUCCAUUGACAUUACUGGUUUAAAAUCGCCCAAUUUUGAUGAACUCACCAAUACAAGCGAUAGCUUUGUUGGAAGUGCAUCUAGUACUGGAUCCAUUCCAAUCAUUGAUCACCAUGAGAAUAUGUAA